ACACAUACGCACUCUAGCUCUCUCUCUCUCUCUCUCUCUCUCUCUCUCUCCUUUUUUCACUUCUCAUUUAAGUAAUGGAGGGCACUGGUGCUCUGCUGGUUAGGAAGAAGUGUAACUCUUCUCUUUGGGCAUCGAAGAUAGUUGUAGUACUGCUAUUGUUCUUGCUUCUUACCUAUAGCCAUGGAGGAAGAAGCAGCAGCAGCAGCAGCAGCAGCGGCAGAGGUUGCCACGCAGAAGAGAGGAAGGCUCUAUUACGCAUAAAGGACUUCGUCAAGUCCAACUGGCUUAGUUCUUCUUCUUCGUCUACUACUGAUAUUUUUCCUUCAUGGGUGGCUGGGGAAGCAGAGAGUAAUGACUGCUGUAAGUGGGAAAGGGUAAAGUGCAACGCCACUACUGGACGGCUCAUGGACCUCUCCCUCUUUAAUAUCAACAACAUAACCUAUUAUGAACGUUUAGAAUGCAUACGUUGUGACAAAUGGCUUUUGAAUGCCUCCCUCUUUCUCCCAUUCCAGGACCUCACAACCCUUAAUUUGUCUUUUAAUCCCAUCUCCGGCUUUCUUCCAAAUCAAGGUUUUGAAAAAUUAACAAGUUUGAAGAAGUUAGAAAUCUUGGACUUGGCCUAUAAUUACUUUUACAAGAGAAACAUCUUUCGAUCACUUGGCCAACUGACUUCACUCAAGACUUUGAUUCUUGGUCACAAUGCUCUUGAUGGAUUCUUUCCGAUCCAAGAAUUGUCAUCUUUGAAGAACUUGGAAACGUUGGAUCUAAGUCAAAAUUUUUUCUUCUAUUCCUUCGCUAUGCAAGAUUCCAAAAGACUAUCCAAGUUGAGCAAGCUAAGCUACCUUGAUCUGAGCAGCAAUGGUUUUUCCCAAUCCGUAUUAAAGCUUUUAAGGGUGCUCCAAGCUCUUAGAUAUCUAUCUCUUGAGGCAAAUUCAAUUAUUGGACAACUUUCUGACUUGGAUACAUUAGCUUUUAGGAAUUUGGAGGUCUUAAAUUUGGGGGAUAAUUUUUUGAGUGGGAGUAUUCCUCCAAGUAUACGAGCAUUACCUUCUCUCAAGGCUUUAUCUUUGGCUCGCACUAAGAUUAAUGGUUCUUUACCUCCAGAUUUGUGUGAACUGAACAAACUUCAAGAGUUGGAUCUUAGUGAAAACAAUCUCGAAGGGACCGUUCCUCCAUGUUUGAAUAAUUUGAAAAAUCUUAGGCUUCUGGAUCUCUCCAAGAAUCAAUUCACAGGGAAACUUUAUGAAUCUCUCAUUUCCGGCCUAACAGCAAUGGAGUACAUUGAUUUUAGCAACAAUUGCUUCGAGGGCAUAUUCUCAUUUAGCUCAUUUGCAAAUCAUUCCAAGCUUGAGGUUGUUCGAUUCCAUAGUUUCAGUCACAAGUUCCAAGUGGAAACUGACUUAUCAAUUUGGGUUCCUAAAUUUCAACUAAAGGUCCUUAAUUUAUCAAACUGCAACCUAAAUAGACUCUCCGGUGGUCAUAUUCCAAAAUUCCUUUGGGGCCAAUACAAGUUAAGAACCAUCGAUCUUUCUAACAAUAACUUGACAGGACAUUUUCCCAAGCUGUUGCUAGAAAACAAUCCAAGACUAGAAUUCCUAAUUCUUAGGAACAACUCUUUGGUGGGUCAAUUUCGUUUGCCACCAAUAGCUUCCUUGGAUAUUGAUGUCUCAGACAAUAAGCUGGUUGGUGAAAUUCAGUCAAACAUAGGGGAGAUGCUUCCGCAAACAAGACGUCUAAACGUAUCCAGAAAUGCUUUUGAAGGACGUGUUCCAUCCUCGAUCAGCAACAUGAGUGAGAUUUGGGGAUUAGACAUGUCCUUCAACAAUUUUUCAGGAGAGGUACCAAAAGAAUUGCUUGCAGCUUGCACCCAGCUGGAGUUUUUGGAUUUGUCUCACAAUAUGUUUCAUGGUCAUAUAUUUUCAAAACACUUAAAUAUAAGCAGAAUAAGUUUUCUGCGUCUGGACCACAACCACUUCUCUGGAACUCUAUGCAAUUUAACAGAUUUGAAUGAUUUAUCGAUUUUAGAUAUUAGCAGCAAUUACUUGUCUGGUCAGAUUCCUCAUUUGUUAGGCAGUAAACACUCAUUGUCUAUACUCAACAUGCGGAAGAAUCUAUUCAGUGGUCAAUUUUCAUGUGAAAAUAUUCCUAACGAAUAUUUAGACAUUUCUUAUAAUGAUCUUUCGGGAACUUUACCUUCAUGUUCAAUGUGUCGAGAUUUGCAAUACUUGCAUUUAGAAGGGAACAGAAUUGGAGGAUCAAUACCAGAAGCUUUUCUGAAUUUUUCAAAAAUAUUGUCACUAAACAUUAGGAAUAACCGUUUAUUUGGAAAGAUUCCAAGUGUGAUUGGAUCGCUUUCUAGAUUAAAAGUCCUUUUGUUGAGUGGAAACCAUUUGAGUGGACUAAUGCCAAAUGAGUUGUGUCAAUUAAGUGAAAUAAGCAUAAUGGAUCUCUCCAAUAACUCUCUUUCUGGGUCAAUACCCCACUGCUUCAGCAACAUCACUUUUGGAAAUUUAGGGGCUGACCGAUUCAGCUUUUCAGAAAUUUUAGAAUUCACGUCGACUCGAUCUUCGAAUUGGAAAUCUAGAGGUUUACUGAAGGGGCACAAAGAUGUUACGGUGGUAAUUCAAUAUUAUGCAUGGCAAGAAGAAGUUGGUUUUGUCACAAAAAGCAUAUUCAGGACCUACAAGGGUGGGAUCCUAAAUAACAUGUCUGGAUUGGACUUGUCAUGUAACAACCUCACAGGUGAAAUCCCAUAUGAACUAGGAAAUUUAAGUUCAAUUCAUGCAAUGAACUUGUCCCGCAAUCGAUUUUCCGGUCCUAUACCAAGCGCUUUCUCAAACCUAUGCCAAAUAGAGAGCUUGGACCUCUCUUACAACCGUUUGAAUGGGGAAAUCCCUUCAAUACUUGUUGAUCUAACCUUCUUGGCAGUGUUUAACGUGGUUUAUAACAAUUUAUCAGGUAGAGUUCCAGACAAGGGGCAAUUCUUGACAUUCGACGCAAGUAGUUUCGUUGGAAAUCCAUUUCUUUGUGGGCAAGUACUGAAAAAAAAUUGCAGCCCCAUUGUUGAGUCACCUCACUCGCCAGACAAAAGCGAUGGGAAAUGGUAUAAAGUGGAUCCAGUGACCUUCUUUGCAAGUUUUACUGCUUCAUACGUCACAUUUUUCUUGGGGGUCAUAGCUAUUCUCUAUGUCAAUCCUACUUGGCAACAAAGGUUGUUCUAUCUAGUUGAAGAAUGGUUCUUUUUGUGCUUCUAUUUUUUUUAUGAUGCUAUUCGCAAGUUUGUAGCACGCAUGCGCUGAUAGUUGUUAUGUAAUUAAUUAUAUGUUUGGCUGGUAUAAGAUUAUGAGAGUCUAUUUAGGUAUGAUAGACAUACCUUAUGUAUUGUCCAAUAUAAUGUGUACUCUUAAUUGAAUUAUAAAUUAGCAUGUAUGACAAGUUUGCUGGUCUUCGAUG